UUUUGGACUUGGCUGUACCAUAUGGUGGGAAAUCCUGCGAACAUCUCCUCAUGCCUCCCCUUCGACGACUUCUGCUCACUGUUCACGUCCCCCUAACGACCUUGCUUUCUUAACGGCUAGCCUCGAUGAUGAAAAGUCUGCGGAAGUCACUCAAUAGUCACAAAGAUCCACCACAACACAUAACUACCCCUUUACCGUCUCUCUCGAAACCGCCCAGUGCGAUCCUCCCUCCGAAGAAGGUUAUCAAGGCUCUGAGCUCCUACAAGUCAACCGCACCGCAAGAGCUGUCCUUUGAGAAGGGCGAUUUCUUUCACGUUCUCAACGAUGUGAACAGCCAGGGAGUGUGGUACGAGGCCCACAAUCCAAUGACCGGUGCUCGCGGCCUCGUCCCCUGCCAACUGUUCGAGGAGUUUCAGAAGGGUACAGCAAAGCCUCGAACACCGACCACUCCGGGCUUCAAGACGAGCCCACCAAUGGGCUUCACUGCACCUCCUGUGAAAACUCAGGCGUUCUAUGCCGUCGUCCUGCACGACUUCAAUGCCGAGCGUGCGGACGAGCUCGAAGCGAAGGCGGGCGAUGCAAUCACCGUCGUCGCCCAGUCGAACCGGGAGUGGUUCGUGGCCAAGCCCAUCGGCCGGCUCGGGCGACCAGGCCUCAUACCCGUCUCGUUCGUAGAGGUGCGCGACCCUGCAACAGGGCAGCCAGUACGCGACAUCUGGGCCCUGAUCGAUGGAGGCGCGCUGCCCCGCGUCGAGGAGUGGAAGCGAGCGAUGAUGACUUACAAGCAGAACAGCAUCUCGCUCGGCGUCCUGGAGGAUUCCGCCGCAGCGAUUGGCUUGAAGUCGGCCUUUUCGAAUUCUAACUCGCCCGUUGCUGUGACGCAGCCACCGCUCCCCCCUCUACCACGGCAGCCAUCGCCGCCCCCCGUUCAAGACUCGCGUCCCCCGUCGCCGAAGUCGCUACCUGAGGGUAUCCUCUUGUCCGCCGACGUUAAAUCAUUCCAUUACGAGAUGGAGGAGUACUGGUACCGGGUGCACUCCAUCUUCCAGCCCUAUCCGCCUCCAGGGUCCGAAGCACUGCCUCCCGCCAGACAACUGGUACUCUUCCGUUCCUAUAACGAUUUCUACGACUUCCAGGUAGACCUCCUUGAUGCUCAUCCCGAGGAGGCUGGGAGGGUCGAGGGUCGUCCUCGUGUGUUGCCGUACAUGCCAGGUCCCGUUAACGAGGUCGACAACGAGAUUGCCAACAAGAGGCGAGCAGAGCUGGACGAAUACUUGCGCAACCUUUGCGAACUCCGGCACGAAUAUCGGUACCUGCUCGAGCACUUCCUGGUCCGAUCAUUCCUCUCGUUGAAGCCCGGCGAUGCCGAAGUUGAGGUUGAACCUCGGACGAAGGAGAUUGACGCCCUGUUCAGGACGUCAUACGUCGAUCAGGACGUGUACGAUGAUGGUGAGACGGACUACCAGACGGAGCGCAUGUCCCGGCUACGUGUGUCGAGUGCAACGGACGACCGGAGCGAAGGUUCUGACUACGGGGAUGACGGCGGCCCUCCGCCACAGGGCCGCGACUCUUACCGCUAUGGCGUUGACGAGGUAUCGCCACACCUGCCUGCGGAGCUGGAUUACAAUACUACCCAGCCUUUGCGCCCCAAGUCGAGGAACGCCAACGGCAGUGACCGAGGGGAGAACGGCAACUCGAUGUAUUCGCACGCCUCUGUCUCCACCCUACCGCCGCGCGUAGACUCGUACCAGAACGGUCAGUCUCGUACAUCGCUCGCCUCCUCACAAGGCCCGACGAAUGGAUCCGGGCGAGCUUCGCAGGCGGAGUCUACACGGACAUCGACGUCCGGUCGCUCGCGGUCAACGUCGCAUGCCGCAGCAUAUGCACCUCCUGUGUCGGCGUCCAACCCGCAGAUUGCAUACAUCAAGAUCAAGAUUUUUGCGCAGAACGCGGAGGAGAUCGUCGCCAUUCGCGUCCACCCACGCGUAUCGCACGCGCAGCUCAUGACCAAAGCUUCGGAGCGAUUGCAAAGUCGUGUGGUGAAGCUGCGGUACCGAGCCAGCGUAUCCGAGACGUUCGUCGACUUGGAAGGUGAUGAGGAUCUUCGCUAUUGGCUGGACAGUACAGAACGACACGUCCUCUACGCAGGUUGAUUGGGCGCACUGACUGCUCGGUCUGCAUCUUUGCCAUUUCUCCCUAUCUUAUUACCUUGCUAGCUUCGACCAUUUGUAAUGUCUCUCCUAGUCUCCUUUACGAACAGAACAUGCCUCUAGCUGUGUCCUCUCUUUAUCGUACAAUGUUGUAGUUUUCCUGAUUGUCCUGUAGCACUGAUUGAGAUGGAACAGCGUGUACUUCGUUCAUUCAUUUGUAACAGAUUUGUGCAACCGUUGCCGUGUACAUAUGCUGCAGGGAGCG